CUCCUCAGAGCAAGGCAUUCAGGCAUUCCUCAUUCACCAAUCUGCACUGCAAGUGUUAAGCGACUGCUGACGCAACUUCACCGCUAAGAUGAGCUCACCUCCAACCUUUAAUGCACCGUGGGGUAACGGCCCCAUGCCGACAAAGGAGCAGAUGGACCGCUGGACGGACGAAAAGUACGUUAUCCCUAAUUAUGUGUGAUGCCUAUCUAUUCUAACUGUUAUCCUGGCUGCUCCAGCUCGGCAAACUGCCUCGAAUACGUCAAGCGGAACGCAGAGCGUGGCAACCCAGCCUCCGUUAUCAACUGCAUCGAUGAGUUUGCCUCCACCAACCACAUGAUGAACAUUGGGCAAGUCAAGGGAGCCGUGAUUGACGAGGAGAUCCGCAAGAAGAAGCCCACCGUUAUGGCCGAAUUGGGAGCUUACACCGGCUACAGUGCCGUGAGGUUCGCAAGCCUGCAGCGUGAGGUCGCUGGCAACGAGUCGCAUUACUACUCCUUUGAAUACUCUCCAGUAUUCGCUGCUCGCGUUCGUGAGAUGGUGGAAAUCGCGGGUCUAACCAACCAGGUGACGGUGUAUGUCGGGGAAUUCUCGGAGCAGUAUGGAGUGCUGCGCGGCAAGACCGUCGAUUUGUACUUUAUCGACCAUGAGAAGACAGUCUAUCUUUCCGACUUGAAGCUGAUUAUCAGCAGUGAAACUCUGGCGCCGGGCUCAAUUAUCGCUGCGGACAACGUGGUGCGCCCCGGCGCUCCGGACUACCUGGAGUUCAUCGAGAACAGCCCUCAAUUCUCGACUGUACGUCACACGAUCAAGUGCGGCCGCGAUGGCAAAUUGCUGCCGGACCUGUCGAUUGCAACUUUCCUAGGAUAGAAACUUGACCGUCCUCGGAGCGAUUUUACAAGUAAUUGAGAUCUAAUCGAUCUAUGAAGUUGAGUUUGCAAGUACUAAGUAUCAUUUUGUCUUUACUUAUGUGCUUUGAAUGCACAAUGACGCCUGAACGAGCAGAACAAACUAGGAUCAUCUGUCAAACUGUAGAAUGCUCGCUGGACCGCGUAAGUAGGUACAAGUACUGGUCGACGAUUCUGUCAGCAUUAAAAAUGUGCGGCGAGGCUAGCGUGUCCAGAUGAACAGCAUCGAACCCAUACAGCUUCUUCGCCUUAAUGAAGAACGAUAAAUCGUGCUCUUCGUGACCUGGAACAUGGUGUGCAAAGCUCACAAACACCUGUCCCAUCCAAUAACACAGCAAACACAACACAACCCAACCGAUCACAACGUUAACUGAGAUAUAAUUCAAAAUAAUAGCACAUCUAUCGCACCUUUCCUCCUGGUGCCAGACACGCGUCAAUAGAUUUCAGCAAGUCUUCGUGC